CGGUGAAGGCGCCCGAGUGGUGAACCCAAAGAUCGAACCUGCAGACCCAGCGCAAAGUAGAAACUGAAAGUACAUUGCCGGCUGAUCCUACGGAAGUUAUGGGAAAGGCAAAGCGCAGAGCCUGGCCGUGGUGUGUGCCGCCCCCCUUGGGAUGGAUGAAGCAGCAGGCGCGGCGUGGGUGAAAGGAACCAGCCGCAGAGACCGCCCUACCCCGCACGCGCUCCCAGCAACUCCGCGGAAGACCAGGGGCCUGGCAGCGACUAUGGGCGGUGAGAGCUUGCUCCUGCUGCAGUUGCGGUCAUCAUGACCACGCCCGCCUCCCGCAGACCAUGUUCCAUGUUUCUUUUAGGUAUAUCUUUGGAAUUCCUCCCCUGAUCCUUGUUCUGUUGCCAGUAGCAUCAUCUGAUUGUGAUAUUGAAGGUAAAGACGGAAGAGAAUAUCAGCACAUUCUAAUGAUCAGCAUCAAUUACUUGUUAGACACCAUGAUAAAAAAUCGUACCAAUUGCCCGAAUAAUGAACCUAACGUUUUUAAAAAACAUGCAUGUGAUGAUAAUAAGGAAGCUGUGUUUUUAUAUCGUGCUGCUCACAAGUUGAAGCACUUUGUCAAAGUGAAUAACAGUGAGGAAUUCAAUCUCCACUUAUCAAGAGUUUCACAGGGCAUGUUACAGUUGUUGAACUGUACCCCCAAGGAAGACAGCAAAUCUUUAAAGGAACAGAGAAAACAGAAGAGCUUGUGUUUCCUAGGGAUACUACUACAAAAGAUAAAAACUUGUUGGAAUAAAAUUUUGAGGGGCUCUAAAGAACAUUGAAAAAUAUGGAGUGGCAAUAUAAAGACAUAUGACUUUAGUUGUAUCUUCCAAGAAUCUAUUUGCUCCUACAGUUUUUGGGGGUAGAAUACCCUAGAAGUGACAGAAUGCCUCCUGGUAAAAGUGGAUUACAGCAGCUGAGAAAUUCAUACAAUAGAACUAGAACUAGAUGGACGCAGACAGUGGAAACCAAAUGCUGCAAUCAACAAACUAUAUGUUUUUGGACAUAAUCAAUCAGUAUUAAUUCUGUGAUUUUUGUAAGAUAAUCCAUGUAAACUAUUAGUUGCAAUAAUACUUUUUAAACCUGUUUUACAAUUUCAGAAGAAGAGAUAAAAUCUGUGAAGUAUAUAAAGGUUGCAAGGAUUAAAAAAUAACAUUGCUUUAUUAUCAAAUUAAUUUUAUGCAUCAGCAUACUACAAUGAGAGUGGAAAUUGGUGUCUCUGUGCUGAAAAUGUUUCAGAAUUAACAGUGAGAUGUGGGUAACAUCCAUGAGAGGAGGAGUCAUAUACCUUAAAGCAGCAGCAGUAUGAAGGAGUACAAGAGAUUUAAGAGAGAGAUUAAGACAUGUAAUCAUACAUGAAUGUAUAACACAGUGCCUUCACUAGAUGGUAUAGCAAAUGUUUUAAGAUGACCAUAAAGGAUAGUUUCACAAAAUAGAAACUCACCUGUUCUAAGGAUGCUAAACCAU